CGCACCGGAUACGCAGAUCGGCCAGAUAGCUUCGUGCAUGGCCGCGGUUCGUAAUUUUGCGAAUGUUGACAUCAUAGCAAACGGUUUUGUGGAAAGGAACAAUUGGGAAUUAACUUCGCUUCUAAGCAGCAUCUGUUCAACUCCAAUUUCUUUACAGGAUUUACCGGCUGCAUUAAUAUGCGGACAGUACACGGCAAAGUCGAGAGUUAACCGCACGUUUUUGGUGGAUCUUCGUACCAUGAUCGUUCCCGCUGGUUGCGAUCUCCAGCUCAGCCUGUAGCUCGCUACCGACAUUUUUUCGGCCAUUACACGCCUGCUGCUGUGGCUUCGUAGCUGUCAAUUCACCCAGCAACUAGCGUUCGUAAUCUUGGAAUGCCAAACUCGUUUUGGUUUCUCUUUCGGGCCUAAAGUGAUUUGUUAAAAGGUAGCCAACGUUAAGUCAGUGUGACGCCGUAAGACUUCACUGGUCGACUUUCGGUAGGUUAAAUCGACUUGGCUGCAUUGUUUUUUCUCCACGGCAAGGUUUUUUCAGCCACCAUCCACCACGGCAGGGUUUUGGACGGCAGGUAUGGCACAGACGAACGGAACGGUGAAUUGUGGUGAACUCAAGUACAAAAUGCUGCACGAAGGUGCGAUACAAGUGUGCCGAAUAAACCACGCGAGCAAUGUGGUGAACAAAAUAAUGAACAUGAAAUUUCUCCGAAGAUGGGAAAUGCAUCAGAUAGUGCUGGGAGAGAGUACUCUGUAUUCAUUAACACCCUCUGGUUUUAUGGAGUACCCGCUGCCGUACUGCAGCAUAACAGACAUCCAUCCGCUGACGCGUUGGGAGGCCGGACAGAGCGCUUGCUUGCGUAUCGUCUUGCACACGGGCUCAAUACUACUGCAGGCGACCAACCUCUACGUUCGUGACCAGUGGCUUCACUCCUUGCAAUGGAAACGCGCAAUCCACAGAUAUAAGAAACUGCUGUGCAAUACCACAAGGCCAGACGUCUUCAUGAAAGAAGUCAAGGCGAUGGUAGACAUGACACUGACAACCUGUGUUCAAGACCAGGCCGUUCAUCAAGUGCCACUGGAAAUUGUCUCGGACAUCCUUUCACAGAAUCGAGAUGUCCUCAACAGUGUGGCCCAAGAUAGCAUUAUCACAGCUGUGGCACCCCUGCUGGAGAACAACCAGCCCUCGCCGGAGAUCUGCGCUUUCUUCAGCAAGCACUGCCGCAACUCACCCCGUUCCAUCGUGGUCCUGGAGAUGUUUAUGCCUGUCAUUCACCGGAUUCUGAAACACAAUAUGGAUUUUGGCAAGAAUCCCAGACUCCAGGGCUUUGUGCGUGAUUUCAUACUGGCUCUCCAGAGCAAGAAUGACAAGGAACAGGCAUUGCAGUCAUUUGUCAACACCAUGCAUGGACCAACAAGCGAAUGUCCCCACCCCCGUGUCCUGCCCAACAUGGUCGCCAUUUGUCUGGCCUCUAUUGCUGUCUAUUUCCAGGAAUGCAAUGGAUGUAGAGUGCAGCCUGACAUCACCAUCGAGGACAGCGACGGUUCUGCUGAUGAUACCGUCCUCCAGGACGAAGACACCAUGAUGUGCUUUGUCACCAUCCUGACCAUGACGGCUGGGUUUGUGGACUGGCUGCCCCAGCUGUCAGGAAUGCUGCUGCCGAUCCCUUUCCCUAAGGCAGCCUUUGAAAACAAGCGGGUGACUGCUGCCCUGAGCACCAUCAUUAGCAAGUUUGCCACGGACGAUCGUUGUGAGGUGCACACAGCGGUGUGCGGCGUGAGGGACGGCAAAGCUGGCUGGCUGGACCUUUUCUGUCCUGGGGGAGCGGCCUGCAAUGAUGAUGGGCAGAUCUUCUCUCAAAUGCUUCAAAAGUUGAUCAGCUGUUGCUGCAGAAGGCGUCGUUUUCUCCUGUCCAUUACUCCGCGGCUCUUCGAACCCAUCCAGCUUUUAGCCCUCAGGAGGAACGCCACCUGCAUAGAGAUGCUGUGCCUGAUGCUGGAGUUGGACAUUCUGCCCGACGAGGAGACCUGCAUGCAGGUGACGCAGACCCUCAAGAGCACCUCGGAAGGCCUGGAGACGUACAAGAAGCUGUGCGAGAAGCAGACCGCCCUCAAACAGCUGCAAGAGAAAGGCGGUCCCCAUGCCUUGUCCCUGCCCUCCAAGUCUACUGACGCCGACGUGGCUCAGCUCUUCAGCUCGGGGCCGCUGGGUAAUCUGGAGUGCCUAAACCUGGCCUUCACCCACGUCACCAGCGGCUGUGCAGAGACCCUAAUCAAGCUGCCCAACCUCAAGACGUUAAACCUCUGGUCCACCCAGUUUGGCGACAGCGGGCUGGAGCUGAUCACGGAGCACAUGCACGGCCUGGAGAGCCUGAACCUGUGCGAGACCCAGGUGACAGACGAGGGGCUGCGCUGCCUGGUGGACCUGAAGAAGCUCAACCACCUCAACCUCAACAGCACCCCGCUGACCGCCCGCACCUGCAAGCUGCUGCUGGGCAACCUGCCAGACCUGAAGACAAUUGACACAAGGUACACAGACGCCUGAGGGGCAAUGUAAUCCAGGGGCCGGAAAGAUUGUUUUCGGAAGGACAUAUCAAAGGAUUCAUCAGUUACCGGCCUGAGUGUCUGUGGGGAAAUUCAUCUGUACAUUACAUUCAACUCAACUGGGCAGAGGUUGGCUGUGUGUUGACAUCAGUGGCUAGUUGAUGGCGCCAGUUGCAGCACAUCAGAAACACACCAGCUAAUCCAUCUGCAUAUGUCUAACAAAGGAAUUAAUAAUUGGCAUACAGUGCAAAAAUGCACAUCAAGAACAUGUUAUCUAUGUUACUUUAGCCCUGUGAAAUUGCAUUUGUCUUAUGCUUUUUUUUCCCCACGGUUCUGACAGAAGGGAUUUGUAGGGUAUAGGCUUUUUUUUUCACGAAUAAUUUAUAUGCUUAAAUGCUGACAAUAUUUUUUGAAUUCCUGCAGCUAGGAACUAAACUGCACAAAAGAGAUAAGAAUGUGGUUGACAUUUUGGAGUAGAAAUGUCCAAAGCACUGAGUUCAAAGGUCAGACUACCAUACUUUUACCUGAGAAUUGAAUUUGAUACAGCUGGUAGCAUUCUGCAGGACAGAUGCUUGGUCAAGCCCAGUUGUUUUGCACCCAGGGGCAGGAGUUACCUCCGUCUUUGUAAAUACACCUGCAGAAAGACUUGGCUGAGUCUAUUGUGGCUGCAGGGGGGGGGGGAGUUGUUAAAGAUUACAGAUGUAGCUGAGCCAGUAUACUUGUUCAACUCGAGACAGUUAAGGGUGAAUUUCUCAGCACUGGUUGGUAGAGAAGAUUUGCUAACCCCAGCGAGAAUAGUUUGCUGAGGUUAAAGUGAUUUCUCAGUGUAGGCUUGCUUGUGACUGCGCACACAUUGAGCCUAGAGAUGCCAAUUGCUGUAGCUCUACUUGAAGCAGACUGUUCCUCUGAAGUACCAGUGUGCUGGUAAAUGUUGGUCUCAAAAGAAGAUUGUUAGAUUAGUAGCUUCAUGAAAUCAGGCCCAGUCACUGGAACAGGGGUGUGAGAAUUCAGCUUUUUUUUUGUUUAGAUGUUGAGCCCGAAUUUCAGCUUUUUUGUACACCUGGCCUGUACAAAAGUAAUAAAAUUUUUUGUUACAUUUCAGCUUUUUGCUAGCAUUUUUCAGCUCUGAUUUUAACUAGCCACUCACACCCCUGCUAGAUGUAUCAUUUCAGGGUAAGUGGUCUGUUUUUGUUGCCGCUAACUGGCAGCUUCAGGUUCAAUCUACCAACAGGGGUCAGUAAAACAGGUGCAAACCUCAUGAAAUAUCCAGCUUAGCAAUGCAGACUCAUGCGGGCCUUGUUCAUAUGUACAAUAUGGCUAUUAUCUGAAUCAUUGGCAUCCUGCAGAUGUUUAAUACUCUGGAAGAUUGUACUCUUAAGAAUGAAAAGAAACAUAAUUUUUUUUUGGUUUUUGAUUUGUUGGUUUUUUGAUAAAGUUAGCUGUCUUAAUCUUACCGAGCAUUGAAAUAUUGAUUUUGGUUUCAGAAAGCAAUACUGGCACUCCAGCAGACAGAUAGUCUUUUAAUAUUUCACUGUUGAUUAGUGAAUGAAAUAAUUUUGUGCGGAGUCGUCUUUGUAAACUGCUUGUGACAGUGCAAAAAUAGGAACUCCGAAAUGACAACUGUAAAAGCAAAUUGCCAUGGCUUGUGCUUAAAGCGCUUCACCAUUUUGGAGUUUCUUGCUGUUGAUGUCAACAUCAACAAACUCUGGUCUUAUAGUAGACAGAAAAUUUGGUUAAACUUUAAGAAAUCCGGCUUGUGGAGCACAAGCUGUGGUUGUAAGAGCUGACAGGAGUAUAAAGUGGUUGUAAAUAGAGUGUCAGUCGAUUCCUUUGAUCAAAGAUAUCAGUGGAAUAGGGACAGCAACAAACACAGCUGGGUUGGCCAGAAGAUUCGUGAGAAAUUUGCGCAGGUUUGCGUCGGUCAGGAAGCCUGUGAAGCAGAUAUAUGUACACACAUGCCAGUCUUCAUGCCAGAUCCUUUGAAAUCCCAUCAAGUGGUUUUUCGCAGGAUUUGGGAAAGUACAACUGGUCCUUUGUUGCUUUGCAAGGGCCUUGGUAUUGCUUGAGAUUUUAAGCACAAAGAAAGUAAAAUAAUCGCUUCGUGUACUGUCUAGUGUUUUGGAGGAUCGGCUGCCUCAAUGGUGGUCAAUGAACUGUGAAGAUGUCAUGACAGCUUGAAAGUUUGACCUCUGACAUGGUUCCACGUUUAAUUCUGAGUCUGGCUUAUUAGACUAAAGGAAAAGAAGUGACAAAGUAUUAACUAUUCUCUUUUCAGAGCUGUAAGAUUGUUGAACAUCAAUAGCAGCAUUACCAUCUCCUUAAAAAUAGAGAAAUCCCUUCAAAUGUUCUUGUUUUUCCCCUUGAAGGGAGAAGGCUGGUUUGGGAAAGGGGAACAUUUUGUAAUUAAUCAUUUUUCCCAUUUGUUUGUUUGUUUGAUACAUUAUUAAAUAUUAAGUGGAUGAGUGUGUAACAAAUCUUUUGAUAUGCCAUCUGUGAUCUACUUUAUUGAGGACACUGUAGAUCAGCAAGGCUUUGUGAUCAGCUGUGCAUUUGUGCAUGGCGGUGAAAGGGUUAACCUUUCGUACGCGUAUUUAGAUAGGCCAUUUAACAAAACACAAGAUGUGUAUGUAAUCUAAUUAUCAGCUCACGAACUAGCCGUUGGCAGAGUGGAUACGAACAUGCGAUUAACUUUCUCAAAUGAGAAAGGCGAUCACAGGGUCCUGUCACAGUUUACGAGGGGAUCCACUUUGACAGAGGGAUAGCAACAUUGAGACGAGACUUUUGAGAGCGCGCUCAGCGCAGGAAAAUUGAAUGGUGUGUUUUUACACGGCAUGGCAAUGACAGUCCUAUGGUGGGAACUCAUUGCCUGGGUGCACAAGUUCAUGUACAGGACACACUGAGCAUGAUCGACCAAUUUUUAUUGAAUGGUCCAGUCUUUGCUUGUGUGCUGGGCACGUGCAUGCACCCAGUUUGAGCUGUUGAAGGAUACCUCUCAUCAGAACAGAUAGCCUGUGACUUGAUUGAAUACUUCGUGAUUGACUUGGGAUCGCUCACAACUCUCGUCAUUGAGUAGACCUAAAAUAUAACAUCCCACUUUUCUCCGUGGUGACUGGAUGGACCACGCCCCACCUCAUUGCCAUAAGAGUGGGCAUGUGUAUAAAGCGUCUUGUCAUUCUGUUCUACAUCUAUUUUGAUGGGUUGGGAUUGUAGGCAAUGAGGGUGGGGACAGGGAACAUGUGUGUACUUUCUGAAGCUUUGCAUAUGAUCUGCAGUAGCUACAUGUAAUGCUCGGUGUACAAAAAAGUGAGCAAACAUGCAGUCUGUAUGUUAAAUGAUUGACUAGGGAUAAACAAAUUAUCUACAUUUUGUAAGAGCAGUUUUCAAUGUUAUUUGAUAUCUUGAUCUCAUGAUGAAAGACCAUUAAUUCUGAACUAAAUUUAAUAUGUACACAUAGUAUUACAUUGAUAGGGGAGUAACUUUCCAACAUCAUAUGUAGUAAUCAUGGAAUAAUGAAAUGUUUAAAUGGUGAUUGUGACUUCUGUGUUGGCUUCACACAUUGGAAACCAAUUUUUUGCAGUUGCUAUAGAGUAGAUUUAUGCGUUACUUGUAAUAUUAAAUGAUGUGAAAUUAAGAGGUAAGAAGAUGAAAAAAACUCUAAAUGUUUUGAUGAAAGGUUAAGGGCAUAAAUCUUGUCGGUCAUGAAACAGACAGUGCGGGGUAACCAAAAAAAAAUCAAAAAUAAAAAAAAUCAGAACAAAAACAAAAAUGAACAGAAAAAAAGUAUAUUAAAAAGGUAAUGACACAGGUGCCUUGAUAUAAACAUGCACCUUACUGUUAAAGAAAAAAUCAAUUUAAAAAUUGAAAUGUGUAAUAUUAAUAUUGUGAAGUGUUUUAUGGUAUUUCAGUAUUAUGUCUGCUUGGAAUUGGUAUUGCAUACACUAUAUUUUUCCUUUUUUAGGGUGUGAGGAAAUCGUUUCUGUAGCUGCAUAGGUUUAAUUUGGGCAGCAUUUGUAAUUUGAAACAUCACCAAGGUCUGUGUAGGACCGAGUAUCUAUAUAAAAUAUAUCACCGGUGUUGUAUUUCAUGCACAAGUGGUUUUGAUUAGAAAAAUUUUGAUUAAAUCUUCAACUUGCAAACGCGAACAAAUUUUGAGACAUUUUAAAACAAAAUCUGGUGUAAUCAUAUUGAGAACUUGAGAUGUGGAUGCCAUUUUUCGGAGACGUAUCAAGACAUUGUUGGAAUGGUAGAUGUUAAUUAUUACGUGUGUGUGUCAAAACAAAAAUAAGUAUGGAGAAUACUUUUUGAAGAAAAAAUGACUCAAAAUGAAUUGGUGCUAAAUUGUGACGUUCUUGAUGGGCAGUUGUUUAAAAAAAAAUGUGCAUUGCAUUGAAAUGUCUGUACCAUUGCUGGUUGCUGCUACGUGGAUGUUGCUAAACCUCCUGAAGGAUAAUCCGCGGGGUGGGGGUUGUGGAAAUCUGUAUUUUAAUAAAGGGCCCAUGCGAUGACUUUUUUCUUAAGACACUUUCUGUGACUCCUUACACUCUUCUUCAGUAUAUAGAAACUAUCUGACAUCCUUUUAGGGUUAUAGAUGUAUGAAAAGUGCACUUUUUAAGCAUUUGAAAAAUGAUGCAAGGCUCUCUGGACAACUGAGGGCGCUGUUACCAUGAUGUUAUUUUAGUGUGACACGAAGUUUUAUUUUAUUUGUUUCUCUAUUUCAGUUGUGAAUCCAAAACUGUUAACUCCUUCGAAAGAAUUGCUCGUUGACAUAUUGUUGUGUACUUACACGACAACAAAUCACCCAAGAAAAGUAAAUUUGGGACAGCAAAAUGUAAAAAUUCUGGCAUUUGUCAUACACAAAUAAGUACUACAUUGGGGAUUUAUAUCCAUGGAGUGACACUGUACAAAGUCUUGUAAAGAUUGGAAUUUCCUCAUUUUUCAUUAAAGUCCAAGUUCCAUGCCUGUUAAAAGAAAAACAGCGAACCAGAAAGAGAAAAUGGGGUUAAUUGAAACAACGGUAAAAUAAUUGCACUUCCGGAACCCUUUAAACAGGUUUCCGUGAUGUAGAGUUAAAAAAAAAAUUGUGAUCUUAAAAUUAUAACAUGAAUUUAGUUUCAACUCAAGGCUAGUGGUUCUGAGGAUUAUUAUCGGCCAAGGGCUUAUCUUUACUCGGAACAAUCAACGGGAGAGGUUUUUACUCUUGUGACUUUUUUUUAGUACCUAGUUUCCCAAACAAGGUGACCUAGUGAAAUAGAAAAAUAAUUGUAAUUUUAAAUUUUGAUUCUACAUUAAUAUAUACACAAUACUUGAAUAUUUUUGGAACAGUUAAAAGUAAAUGCUAUAUGUUUAUAGAAAAUAUCAUCUGUACCUUUAAGAUAAAACAACUCAAAAAACACAAAAGGAUAAAAAAAAUCUGCUCUUUGUAGUAAUGAUUUUGUUUACAGUUUUCCAUGUUAUUUCUGUGCACAUAAUUUAUGAAGAGUAAUCAAACUUGGGGUAAAGGAAAAUAUCAGACAUUACAUCACCAUUUUGUCCUAUUUUCCUUUGAUUUAGGGCCAUUGGAACUAGCUUUCCUGUAAAGUAACCUGCUUUUUACUCAUUUGAUCUCCGGAUCCAACAAGCACGAGUGUUUGUCUAGGUUUGCUCUCCGGAAGUGUGGUUGCACUUGCAAAUCCAAAGCUUGCCCAUGCAACCUUUCUUUCCUGUAACCUUGUGGGGACAUGCUGCCAAUGGCUGAACCCAUGUUGUCGCAAGAUAACAGGUGAAAAUAGCAAAAACUAGGUGAACCCAUGUUGUAGCAAGAUAACAGGUGAAAAUAGCAAAAAUUAGCUGAACCCAUGUUGUUGCAAGAUAACAGGUGAAAAUAGCAAAAACUAGCCAAGUUUUUACUGUUCUCUUUGUGUACAUUUACCAGUUUAAAUGGCCUGAACAAGUAUUUCCAGAAAAACAAAGAAAACAAAUCUAGUCAGUUGGCAUGCUGGCUUUGAAGAUUACUUGUAGCUAGCGUAACUUAUUUGGGCAAAAAUUGUAAGUACUGAAAUAGAGACUUUGCUUAAGUUAAGGAAGUCAGCUUUUUUUUUCCUUCUUUUUCGCCUCUUUUCUUUUUGUAAUGAACUCACAAAUGAAUGUUGUAACUUCAGCUGCAAAGAAAAGAAUUGAUCUUGUUACUGAAUAACAUACCAACAAGUAGCAGAGAACUCAACAUAAAAAUUUCAUAAAAGAUCCCAUAAUAAUGAGGUGAACCAA